AAUCUAGUCAUUAAAAUAUUUAAUGACUUAAUGUAUUUAAUAUAUUUAACUAUUAAUUUUAACAUUAUAUAUAAAAUAUACAAUUCCGUAUGCUGUAUGCAAUAAUGCUGUCUAUUAAUAUAAUUGGAGUACAAAUUGCCAUAAAAUCGAUACAUGCAUAUAAACUAUGUCGAAUAAUUGAUAUAAUUUAAAAAUAAUGGGAUCGUAUAUUACAUUCAAUUAACAACUAAUUUUAAACGAAAUCUCUAAUAAUUUAAAUAUAUAUAGAAAAUUUCUUAAACACGAUAUACAUACGUGGAGUUUUGCAUACUUUUAGAAAGAAAGAGAAAUGCAACGUGAUCAGUUGCCAAGACAACGGUUUAUAACAACAAAACAUUUCUCUAAUUUAAUUAGUUAUUUCUAAGUUAAAUAGUUCAGAAUCUUUGAAGAAGAGAAAAAACUAAAACAUAAUGAAAGAGAACAUUAAAUUUAUUGUGACAGAGGUGAACAAAUUGUUGGGACGUAAUUAUAAUGUGAUUUAUUUCAAUUCUCUAAGUUCAGAGGAAUUGCUUCAAGUAUUGAAGGAGUUGUUGAUUAAAAUACAAUCAAAUCAAAAUAUUGAUGGUAAUGUUAAUAUAAAAAAUGAGACUUCUGAAGAAAUUUCCAUUUAUAUUUUAUCUAUUCUGCGUAUAUUUCAUUAUCAGCCACGAAUAGAUCCUGUGAACUUUAGACAAGGUCUGGUUCGUGGAGAUUCUGAUAUUAUUCAUCCUAUUUUUACCUGGCUUCUAUCUCACAUAGAUGUGGUUCAAAAAAGAGCUUAUUUAUCACGCUUUUUAGUGAAGAUAGAGGUUCCUAGCGAAUAUUUAAGCGAUCCAGAAGUUUUCGCUUUUUAUGAACAAUACAUGACUUUGAUUGAUAGAUUUAAAACAAUGCAUAAGGAAAGAGAAAUAGGAAAGAAGAAUUAUGAGAAUACUAGUGAGCUUACUACUGAUUUAAAAACAAUGGAAAAAGAAAAAGAAGCAGUAAUUAUACGUAUCGAAAAAAUGAGAAUGAAAGCUGAAACUGGAAUGCAUUUAUUGGAUGUUGCCCGAGCUUUGCGAAUAGAAAAAGAUAAAGAACGUGAUUUAGUAUUGCAAGAGGAGCAAGAAAAAGAAAUAAUAUCUAGAUUACAAUCUAAUUUACAAAGAUUGGAAAGAGAAUUACAAACCUUAAAAAAAGAUGAAGAUGAAAUUACAGUUCAAACAUUAUUUCAACAUUUAUCUGAAGUAAUUAUUGUUCAAACUGUAGUUACGAAUGAAAAAUUACCGACAGAAAUACAUGCAAAGACAAAUCGUAUAAAAGCCUUGAACAUAGUAAAACAGUAUUCGUAUUUGAAUCCAGAUCAAAUAACGGGUCUACGAAAUAAUUUGGAUAGUAUAGCCAAAGAAAUUCAGAAUUUAAUAGAAUUAAAGAUUACAAAAAAUAAUAUUGAUAAAAUAGAACCAUUUCGACAACAAGCAGCUGCAGUUGCAAAUAUAAAAAGAAAUGUUCUUGAAAAAUUGGAAAAGACAGCGAAUUCUUUGCAAGAAUUGCAGACAAAAUUAGAAGAAAAACGCGAAUUAUCAAAAUUGAUAGUAGAAGAUAUUCCUAAAGGAGAAGAUUUCAAAAAAUAUAUAAAUCGUUUAAAAACUAGGGGAACACUUUAUAAACAUUGUAAAUCUGAAUUGACAUGGUUUAAUGCGGAGAACAGUAUAUUAUAUCGAACAGCCGCCAUCUUAGAAAAUCAGUAUAAUCAAUGCAACCGGGCGAAAGAAAGAUUGGAAACGAUUAAGAAAAAUACUCUAAAUUUCACAGAAGAGAAUGCAUCUUCGAUGAAUCUUCAAUUAUGUCGAGAUAUAUCCGCCUUUAAAGCAAAAUUAAUUCCAUUGAUAAAUGAAGUGCAGACAUUGAGAGAAAAAUAUCAUGAAUUUGAACAACAACAAGAGAAAACGAAAAAAGUGCAAGACCAAAUAAAAUCGAAUAUGAAUAUCUUAAUAAAUAAUUUACAAUCUGAAUUGGAAAGUAGAAAAACAAAACUAAAAAAGGAUCCUACAAUUUCUAAUCCUGGUAAAAAGAUAAGAGAAGAAUUAAAUUUCAUUAUUCAAGCAGAAGAAACAAAGAUAAAAAGUUUAAUAAUGGAAAAAGAACAUAUAAAAGAAAUUAAUUUAGUAAAUGAAAAACAAACACAGAUGUGGAAUAAUAUAUUAUUAGUAUUUAAAUAUAAAAUUAAAUACGCUGAGGAAAGUAAAGCAUCAAAUGGAAUUGUCGUACGACGAGGAGGAGCAGAAACUUUAAUUUUACAAUAAUAUUUAUUGUAUAUACAACAAAGGUGUGAAACAACUGGGCCAAACCAAUAAUGCAUCUCCUAUACAACUGAAUAUUAAUCCUGUCAAUAUUCGCCUCGAAAAGGUAAAUAGUGCCCAGCUUUUAUGGUUUAAAAUUGUAAGCAAAAGAAGCAUAGAAGCAAUGAAAAAAUAUUCUUGCUUACACUUACAUUUUCAGGUGACUUUUUCAGUUAUAAUAUUUUUUUCAUUUUUUAAAAUUAAUUUUUUAAAAAUAUUAUAAAAACGUCGUUGAAUAGGAAUGUUUAAUAUUUUACUGAUUACCAAAACAUAAUAACGAUGUUUCAUAUUUUAUGUAAAAAUAAAAGUAGUCAUUGAUAUAUUCAUAAAACCAACAGAAAUAAUAUUGCUCUGUUUCAUAAUAAAUCAAUCCUCUUCUUUGUUCCAAUAAAAAUCGCUCUUGUAAGAUCGAAUUUUAUGCGAUCUGUGAAAUGCGGAAAUUGUUAAGAAAAGAAUUGGCGGAAUAUUUAAAAUGCAUUACCAAUUAGGAAAAAAAAGCGACUUGAAAAUAAGCGUAAGCAAGAUCAUAAAUGGUUGGCUAGCACCUAUAGUCACGGAAAUGUCAUAUACUUGAUUAACUUGUUUUUUCCGCUUUGCUAAAUGUUAGCACUAUCAUUUUAUAGAUAUAAAUGUUUUGUAGAUAUAUUGCUAUAUUAAUGUUGAAAAUAAAGAUAUAUAGAAAUCAA